UGACGAAACGCUGAACGUUUCUAUAUAAAAGAGGUAAAACUUGGUGCUCAACGGUUAUUCCUAAGCAGUAGCGUCUUCUUCCCGGAAGUCCGAUCGAGUAGGAAUCGCUUCGAAAGAUAUAAUCAUGAGACUGAUUACUACUAUCCUGGGAAUAAUUCUGCUCGUGAUAACCUUCGUUGAAUCGGGGGUUGUUAGACGGGAAGCUGACGAUGACGAUGACGAUUAUGACGAGGAUGAUACCUCGACGGUCUUACGGGAUAACCAACGCUAUUAUCAGGAGGAUGAUGAUGGAAAUUUGAGGGAGAUAACCGACGAAGAAGGCGACGAAGAGUCUCUAACGAAAACGGAAAUUGUACUACCGGAACGUGUGUUCUUUUAUUUGUAUACCAAGGCGAACCGGAAGUCGUCUCAGGAGAUUUAUAUCGGAGAUGACGACACUCUUGAUAACAGUAACUGGGACUCGAGUAGACCAACUCGCAUAGUGAUUCACGGAUGGAUAAACUCUUACAAGAGUUCCAUCUGCACCAAGAUUCGUGACGCCUACCUGGCCGAGGACGACUACAACGUCGUCGUCGUCGACUGGUCGAAGAUCACCUUCAGGCUUUACGGGUUCGCGAGAAGACGUAUCACCAUGGUGGGUGGAUACGUUGCUGAGAUGAUAGACUACCUGGAGACUAAAGGAAUGAACGUUACGGAGCUAAUCGUGGUCGGCCACUCGCUCGGAGGCCAUGUUGCUGGUCUCGCUGCUCGUCAGGCGGUGAAAACGGUUGGCUAUGUUGUCGCUCUCGACCCGGCUCUUCCAUUCUUCUGGUUCUCCGGCCCGGAGAGUCGAGUUAAUCGUGGUGACGCGGCCUACGUUCAGGUUAUCCACACCAGCGCUGGUUUGCUGGGUUUCAGCGAGGCGAUUGGCGACAUCGACUUUUAUCCGAACGGUGGAUCCAGUCAGAACGGCUGCAUCCUCGACGCGGUAAAAAUAUGCGCGCAUGCUCGUUCCUGGAUGUACUUCGCCGAGUCCAUAGUAAGCAAGGUCGGCUUCCAUGGACGGCUCUGCGAGAGCUGGGAGAGGUUCAAAAGGGGACAAUGCAGCACCGCCGCCACGACCUACAUGGGUGGCAGCCCUCCAGCCACCGGAACCAAAUCAGGAUCUUACUACCUCGAGACCGGAAGUUCACCGAGUUACGCCCUGGGCGUGAUAUAGACUGUCAAUCACUGAGGAACCACAUGACUGGACUCAGUGUUAUCGUUAAUGUUCUUUUUUUAUGUUGG